AUGGAGCGGUACACGAAAAUACGUGUGCUGGGGAAGGGCAGCUUUGGUAGUGCCAUUCUCAUCAAACGGCGCAGCGACAAUGCGCUUCUCGUCAUUAAAGAGGUAUUUUUGGGCAAAAUGAGCAAAAAGGAACGCGAGGAGGCACGCCACGAGUGUUACGUGCUGCAGAAGCUGAGUCACCCAAACAUCGUACGCUACGUGGAGCACUUUGAGAACCGCAAUAACCUGUACAUUGUGAUGGAGUACUGCGAUGGGGGUGACCUUCACGGCAAACUUAAAAUGGGGCCAAUGAAGGAAAGUAUCAUCUUGUAUUAUUAUUCGCAAAUUUGUCUUGCGAUGGAAUAUUUACAUUCCCGCCACAUUCUUCACCGCGACAUUAAAACAAUGAACGUGUUUCUCAUGAAAAACGGUUCUGUCAAACUAGGAGACUUUGGCAUCUCAACUGUCUUGCGCAACACGAUGGGAAUGGCAAACACUGUCUGCGGCACACCGUACUAUUUCUCGCCUGAGAUAUGUCGCAACAAACCGUACAAUAACAAGUCAGAUGUGUGGGCGCUGGGUGUGCUGCUGUAUGAAAUGGCCACCGGAAAACACCCCUUUGACGGCAGUAGUAUGCAGCAACUGAUGCAGCGCAUUGUAAGAGGCACCUAUGCACCACUGCCGUCACAUUUCUCAUCGGAGUUCCGCAAAGUGGUAGAGUGGUGCCUGCAGAAGGAUCCUUCACGACGGCCCAGUAUCAAGCAGACGCUUGCACUUCCUAUUGUACGACGCUCGCUCGAGCAGCUAGAAGAAAACCUGAUGCUUGCCACUCAGUGCAAGGUGCGGCUGAAAGACAUCAUAGAUUUUGAGGUAGGGGGGGAGCAGAAUGGAAACAACAACAACCAGAGCCCUGCGGCGGCGGGACCGGUGAAGCGGGGGAGGGAAGAACAAGGGUGUGCCUCACCGUACGCAAAACCACAAGUGAUGUCCCCCGGGAAAGCGGCGGCGAUGGCAGUGGCAAAUCAGCAACACGUGCUUCAACGGUCACCACAGCGAUCUCCGCAAUCCCUCUCGCCGGGUGCGGAGGCCGCAGUAGGACUCCUCGCACAACGCCCUGUAGGCAAUCAUGCGCUUCUCGGCCCAAAGCCGAGUGCGUCGCCUGCGCCUGUGGACCACAACCGGAUUCAAAACUACCGAAAGUACUUAUUGCAGCACUACCAACGAGAUGCAGUUGCGGACAAGGAUGUCUCUCCUGCUCCUGUGGUCGGCGGUAGAGGGCCCGGUGCGGCGGCUCCUCCCGAGCUUGCGCCCCAACCCGUGUCACCACCUUCUUCCCCUCGACAGCAACAACUACAAAGGCAGCAACGAAAUUUGCCACCGGCCGCCGCGGAGUAUCAAAACCAGUAUCUCAACGACGCACUUAGGCAAAAAGCUGUGGCACCUGGUGCUGGUGUUGAAGGUUUUCAGGAGAGAAUGCGGCGUAUUGAUGCCAUUAUGCAGCGGUACGCCCAAAACGUGGACCUCAAAUCACGCGAGACAAUUCACGCGUACAUGAAACGCAAACACGAUGAGUACCUGCAGAGGCAGAAGCGGGAGCAAGAACGUGUUCAGCGCCGGGAUGAACUUCGGAAGAAACAGCUUGCGAGGGUCAUUGAACAUCAAAAUUACCUCUGCCGAGUUGAUUUGCCGCCUCAACAACGACAGCAACAAAAACUGGUUCAGCAAAAGCAACAGGCAAUGCAAGUCCCUGUCCCAGCUGCCCCAGCUGCCCCAGCUGCUCCUGCGGCGGGUUCGCCACACUCGCCGCGGAAGCGGCCUCCACAAAUGUCACCACCACCACCGUCUUCGCAACAGCAACACGCUGUCUUUGGGCGUGAUCCGCGAUGUGUGCAGCGGCAGCCGAGAGAAGUGGAACCGCCUGCCCCUUUGCAACGGGCGGAUCCUGUUCGAAACAACAAUAAUGGUUCCAGGAAUCGAGAGCCAGAGCCCGUAGUGCGGAGGAAAAGAAAAGUUUUUGCGGCGAAUUCACCGCUUUUGCUUUCCCCUUCCAAGCGUUGGCAACAUCAGCCACUUGGUCCGGUUCUCCGAGACGACGUGGCGCGACAUUCUGGCCUGGCUUCUGCUGCCUCUGCCGCCGCUGCUGUUGGGUCUGCCUGCGACAAAAACAGGGACAAAAACGGCAAAGUGAACAUGAAGUUGAGCCCUACAAAGCUGGUUGCUGGAGCGGCAGGUUUGAGUCCCCCAGCAAAGGGUAAGCGGGUCGUAGAAGCCGCUACGCCUCAGCCCCAUCCAUCGGCAGCAAGAGGACCACCGCCUCCUAUGCCGCAGGAGAAGAAACAAAAACCUCAGCCAAUGCUGCGUAUCAUCUCUGCACCCGUUUUUGCUUCGCCGCUGGUGGGGGCUAAUGCCGCCCGUGAAGACGCCGGGGAGGAGAACGAGGACAACAAGAUCGGGAAAAAGUGUGUUACACCGACGCAUUUGCAAGCCCACCCACUUGUACGUCGCAGUAGUGCACCUCUGCGUCCUUCCACUGACGAUUCACAUGCGCCAUCCAUGAAUCUCUACAGUCCGUCAAAAUUAUUGGGCGAGAAACAAAUGAUUCGUCCCUUGGCUGCAGCCGGAUUCAUGCCACAAGGUGUUAUAGCUCCAUCGCAGCAGCAGCAGCAGCAGCAGCAGCAGCAUCCUCAAGACGUUCUGUCGCGAGCUGCUUCUCCUACAUCGGGAUUGGUGGUUAUGGGGGCAAAGUCGUUCUUUGUCUCCAAAGAGGACUUGGCUGUUGCUGUUGCUGCUGCUGCUGUGGAAGAGCCUCGUCAAGGCGAGCAGCGGCGUCGACAACUUUUGCAACAGGCAGAGAUGGAACUGCUGCAGAAAGAGCAACCUGGAAAAGUCGAUGAGGCAAUUUCACUCCAGGCCCCGAACACAGGGGCAGAAUUCCUCAAUAACAAUAAGAGACGAGGAAAUAUAAAUUGUCAGCCUGUGGCCAAUAAGGCACCUUCGUCCUCAGAGAUUGCGUGGACGGCGGCCAAAGGCAACCCUGUCAAUGGCAAACCACGCAAAAAAGAACGACAGCCCCCACUGUCCCUAGCUCCACUACAAAUACGGCUAAUGCAGCCAAGUUUCCCGCAGAGCAACUCCCCCACGUCAUCCUCCUCGCCGUUCAAGCUCAGUGGGGCAUUGCCUCCAACUGGUGCUCGGCCUCUGAGUGGGAAGCAGCCCUUGUCACGAGGUUCUGGCUGCAGUGCGUCAUCGUCCCAACUUGGAAUUGGGCAAAUGCCAGCUGUUCUCGGCGUCAAGAUGCCUUCACAUGCACGUGAACCCGCAGCAGUAGCAUCAUCGGGGGCAGGUUGUGAGGGAUCGUGCCCUAAAAACCUCACUAUGGAUGGUCCUCCAGUUCUUCUUGAUAUUGAUUACAGCUUCUGUUCUAUGGCCCAAGACGACGCUGCAAAGCCGUCUCCGACGGCGGAAGGUGGCGUGGCAGCUCUUUUUCCCUCAAUUGCGGAUGCGGGGUCGGAGCAGCAUGAUGUAUUGCAGCAGUGGAGAAAUGUUGCGGAAAGCCACGAGGGUCACAAACUUCCGCACCGAGCCAAUUUUAUUCACAUGCAGACAGGUGCAACGAAAAAAGUUUUUGCUGAGGGCGACGAUGUUCUCGCGGCCUUUCAAAAGGCAAAUGGCACAUCUCCGAGUAUUCCUAGCACGCUGGAGGUGCUGCGAACACUUUGCGGUUGCGAGGCGGAGGGAAAUGUGGAUGACGUGGAUCAAGCCCCUGGCGUCUCUCUAACGCUACUGAAACAGAAACAGCAGAGGAAACAAGAACUCGCCCCAGUUGAGAGUCAGCCUGGCACGAGAUCGUUGGGUCUGCCGUUACCACUUUGCACCGAAGGCGCCGGAGAGCAACGCCAAGGCGGGUCCUCCUCACCGACACCGCAGCCCUCGUCGAGGGCAAACAGCCAAGAAAACAUAAUUUCCUCUUCUUCUGAGGUGAGUCACCGGGAUUUGUUGGCGCAGGAGGAGAGUACGGCUCUGUUGGCGCUCUUGGACACCAACAACGAGGCUCGGAGAAGUCAUGACCCAGAUCACGUCAAUAGUAGCACUACUUCCACCGAUCAUCAAAACGAACACUCGCUUGAGGGCUACCUGGCAAUGCUCGAUCACUUGAGGGGUAUUCUCUACCGUCGAGCACCGCCCUUGAAAAAGUUAGCUGCUGCCGAAAAAGAAGACGAACAACGAAAGAAAAGGGAACACCAAAAGGAGGAUGACGAAAUGGAGCAGCUGGAAAAUGUGUCUACCUCGUCUCUGGAGGGAAUGAAGGAAAGCCCUCCUGCACCGUUGGAGAUGGAGAUGAUUUCCAUGACGCUAGUAGAUGAUUUGCCGACACCGCAUGAACUGCUGGUGACAGCGGCGGCACACAUGCCGCAUAAGCAACCGCGUCAUCAAGUUUCGCCCCCACUGGCUAGCGGUGAGGGGAAGCAACCUCCACCUGCGGGUCUUGAAGCAGAUGAGGAGGACUACGACAAUAGUGCCGAGGAUGAAAGCUGUGAAGAGGACAAUGAUGAUGAUGAUUUCGAAGACGCUAUCCCUCUUCUACCGCAGCCUUGCGCAGCGGUAAGUGACAUGUAUCAACGUAUUCUUGAUAGCGCAUAUUGUUUGCCGGAACUUUUUCCCAGUCAGGAGGUCCAAGGUGAGGCUGGAGUAAAUAGCGGCCAUGCGUCAGCGAGUGGCGUAAAACCGUGGGAUGCAGGAGAAAAAGGUAGUGGUGAGGUUAUUGACAACGUUUCAUUUCUGCAUCCUAGUUCUGCCGAGGUAGAGCAUGACACCGACGGCGGCUGUACAGUGGCUGCUUUGCACUCUGUCCAAGAGACUCUUGCCGUGAAGGCGAAAGAAAAAAAUGGAGCAACCAUGUGA